AGGGCGACGGAGGCGGUGGCGAUCCGUCCAGCACCAGCAUCGAAGGAGGGCUCUCGAUGAAGCAGACAGCGUUCUUGAUUGCCGGGGAGAUGGCCGGCAGCGGAGUCCUGGCACUCCCACGGGCCCUCGUCAAGACAGGUUGGCUCGGGGUGCCAAUCAUAAUCGUGAUGUGCGCCAUGGCAGCGUUUAGCGGCAAACGGCUGGGCGACUGCUGGUCCAUGGUCGAGGCACGCAAUCCUGAUAUGAGGAGCAGACAGCGGAACCCCUACGCCAUCAUUGCAGACCAGGCCUUGGGCAAGGUCUGGAGCGUGAUAGUAUCAAUGGCUGUGACCGUGACUCUAUUCGGCGCUUCAGUGGUGUACUUGCUACUCGCGGCGCAGAUCAUAGAGCAGGUGUUCCAGACGCUGGUGCCCAUCACGUUGUGCACCUGGUACCUCAUCGUCGCCGCCGCUAUGACGCCGCUCAUGCUUUUCGGAACACCUAAAGACUUCUCGUACUUGGGGAUAAUCGCCUUCGGUGCGACAGUGGUAGCCUGCAUCCUGUACUUUAUCCAAAUGAUGAACGACAUUCGGCCUUUCGUGUUCCGUUGGGGCAUUCACGGGUUCCAGGACUUCUUCCUGGCGUUCGGCACCAUCAUGUUCGCCUUCGGGGGCGCCUCCACCUUCCCCACUAUACAGAACGACAUGACCGACAAGAAGGGCUUCAGCAAGAGCUUACACUACAGUUUUGCUGCCAUAUUGAUCCUGUACUUGCCCAUCGCUAUUGGCGGUUAUGCUGUAUACGGAGAAGCAGUGGCGCCCAACGUGGCGUCGUCGCUGUCGGCCACUCCUUUGACACUGGCCGGCAACUUGCUGAUGGCGACACAUCUAGUGGCUGCCUUUAUUAUCAUCGUUAACCCCGUCUGUCAGGAAAUGGAGGAGCUGUAUAAUGUGCCUAGAGAAUCAACCGGGUGGCGUAUGCUGGUGCGCGUUUCCAUCAUGUUGGGCAUCCUGUUCAUCGGUGAGAGUGUUCCACGCUUCUACACGGUGCUCGCCCUGGUAGGAGGCACGACGGUCGCACUGCUCACCUUUGUGCUGCCUUCAUACUGCUACCUCAAGCUCGUGGAGCAGACUCAAGGCUCACAAACACCCGUGGAUACACCGGGCUGGAUGAAAUUGGUGUGCUGGGAGGUGAUCGCUGUCGGAGUCAUCGGGGGAUUGGCAGCCACUUACAGCGCUAUUAGCGCUAUAUUCAGCACCGCUCAAGCGAUACCUUGCUACUUGCGGUAAAAUACUGGACAAGACAUUCAUGAAUGGGAGUUCAAUGCGAGUAAAAACUAUUCAUUAAACAUCUAACUGAAAAAAAAGUAACGAUUCAUUUUUUAUGACUGCAAGAUAAAAAGAGAUACAGUCAAACAAAAAAAAAAUGCGUAUGUACAAACACUUUAAGUUUUAUUAUUAUAAUUAUUUUGAAAAGUUAAUUGAAUGGUAAUUUAAUAAAGUAAUGAGCUGUAUUAAAUUUGAUUAUUUCUAUUGUAUUUAGUUUUGUUAGGUGUGUCUGCCAAUAUAUUAAACUACUUGACCUAGAAUGUUUUUAUUUCACUAAGUUUAAGAAAUGUUUGUUGGUGAGAAAGGGUAAGAGAAAAUAUAUAUUUUGAAAAAGAAAAGAUACAUGUUUAACAACGCUCUUGUGCUAAGAUGAUUUGGUAAAACUCGCUGAUUUACCUUUUCUUUGAAACCGUCUCUUAAUGGAAGGCAAGAAAUAUUUUUUUCCUUCGCGCUCAUUUAUGUCACCUACCUAGAACGGAGCUGUACCCAUAGCACGAACCAAUAUCGAAUUCGAAUAGUUUGCGAGUGCGAAAUGUCAAUGUCAAAUUUUGUAUGGGAACUUCAACAGCAGCGCCAUAACGGACGCAACAAGAACUAAAUAUCAGUACACAUUUGACAAUGACAUUUCGCACUCGCAAACUAUUUGAAUU